GUCCAUCUCCAUCAAUUCAACCACUUCAAUAAACUCAUCUACUUUCAUCAACCAAAUCCAUCAAAAUGACUGGAGGCAAAUCAGGAGGAAAGGCAGCCAGCGGCUCCAAGAACGCGCAAUCCCGUUCAUCCAAGGCCGGUCUCGCAUUCCCAGUUGGUCGUGUCCACCGUCUUCUCCGAAAGGGUAACUACGCUCAACGUGUUGGUGCUGGUGCUCCCGUCUACCUCGCUGCCGUUCUCGAGUACCUCGCUGCCGAAAUCCUCGAGUUGGCUGGUAACGCCGCCCGCGACAACAAGAAGACCCGUAUCAUCCCCCGUCAUCUCCAACUUGCCAUCCGCAACGAUGAGGAGUUGAACAAGCUUCUGGGACACGUCACGAUCGCACAAGGUGGUGUCUUGCCCAACAUCCACCAAAACCUCCUGCCAAAGAAGACUGCCAAGGGUGGAAAGACUGCCAGCCAAGAGCUAUAGAUCUUUGUUUCCUUGGGCUGGUUUUUCUGAUGGGUUAUUUCAUGAUAAUGGGGUGUCGUCUGGGUCUGGGUCACGGCUGCUUCUUUUUUUUU